CAUAAACUCACCAGCAGCAGCGGGAGCAGCACUUGUUCCCAGGUGCUCUUCCCGCUGGUUUCCCCCUCUGGCCAGAGAACUGUAUGUUUCUUAAAAGGCAUUUUGAAGACUAAUAGUACAUGUAAUAAGCAUAUAUAAGUUGAAGACUGACAGUGUCAAGAGUCAGAAUAAAGCCAUCAUGGCUUCUGGAGGAACUGUUCAAGAUGGCAGUGAUGAUGAUGGUGGAGAUCUCACAGCCCAAAACCUUGAAAAAAAAUGUGUGUCUUUUGAAGAUCAAGUAGAAAAUAAAAGUGACUGCAGUGACUUUUCAAAUGUGUUUUGUUGGGAAAAGGAGAUACAGCAUGUAUCAAGGGUCAGUGAUUAUAGCAGACAAGACAACUAUGAUUUCAGAAAUCCAGAACUAAACAAACAUAUAGGACUUCUGGAGAAAAUAUCUGACUUAAUUUUGAAUGACAUACCAAAAGCUGAGUAUGUCAGCUUACUCAAUGAUUACGUUGAGUCUGAGUUUUUUCUGAUUGAUGGAGAUUCAUUGUUCAUCACUUGCAUAAGUGAACAGACAUUACUGCCGGGACAGAACCUGCAUUUCUUUUACCUGGUAGAACGCUUUCUACUGGAUUUAACAAACAAAGGAGCAAAAUACGUCAUUGUUUUCUUCAAGGAUGCAGAGCAUGCAUAUUUCAGGCAUCCGACUCUUCUGUCCUUACGUACUGCACUGAUUCUCCAUCUUCAGCACAAUACUGAUGCUGUCAUUCACACUGAAUUUUCCAACUUUUUAGAAGGGAAGUGGCAAUCUUUCCUGCAAGAAAGCUACCCAUAUUUUAUAAUAAUCUCUGAUGAUGGACUGACUAAACUACAGACAAGCUUUCUCAAUUUAUUUAUCAUUCAUGCCUUGUCAAAAAGAAUCAAUGUUGUCCUUACUUCUGGACAAGAAUCAGAUUUUAUCAGAGUUUAUGGCUAUCACAUCCAUGGCAUGUACAGGCACAAGGAAUUUUUCUCUCAGCAUCAAGAAGAGAUUCAGUGUGUUUUCCAAACACUAGUUAAAGACUUGCAGGAAUCCAGUACAGCAGCAUUACUUUCUCUGUCUGGACAUUCAGGUGUGAAGGACAUGAAAAAAGAGGUUUGUGAGACAUUAUCCCAGCUCAAGCAUAUUUGGCCAGAAAUAUCUGAUAUUCGACAUAUUGUCUGCAUUGUCUCAUGUGCACUGGGACUGAGAAUGUACAGUAGGUUACAAAAGAAACACCAGGCUACCAUUCGAAAACAGGAGAAGAGUAGGGAAAUAAUACCAGAAGAGGCUGAAGACCUAAUCAGGAUGUAUUGCCUGAGUGUGGUUUUUCUUUUCCAUUUACCUCUUUCACAACGUGCUCAGCAUAAAGGUUGUGAAUUCUUUCUUCUGAAACACCUGACAACAGAAAAGCUGUGGAAAGUGGAUUUCACUCACUUGUCUGAUUUAAGUGAUGAUCUUUUGUGGAAGAAUGUUGCAUAUUACUAUGAAGUAGAAAAUGAGCAAGGGCUAAGCUUGGAUAUGGGGGAAAAAAUUAAGAGAGAGUAUGAACAUCUGUGGAGUAUCAUAUCAAAACUAGCUGGAAAGGAUGAUGAUGGAAAGUCUUUGCCUCUGAGGAGAACAUCUGUAUAUUUUCUUGAAAAGAGAUCUUCAUCAACUAAAGAAUCCAAGAAUAUUCCUAAUCUAGGGCUGAUACCCAUGACAUCUAUGGUGUUGGAUGAAUUUACUGGAGAUAUUUUAAGUAGCCUACCAUUUUUAAAAAGUGAUGACUCUGCUGUUACUUCUCUUAUUAAACAAAAAGAAUUUGAUGAAAUUCGACACUGGCAUUCAGGAAAGCUUCUCAGUGAUGAUUAUGACAGAACAAAGUCCAGUUCUCAAGCAAUGUGCAAAGAUCCAUGGGCCCUUCGAAACAAUCAAAAGUUGCAGUCUUUUCUACGCUUUUAUGGAUCAUCACUGGAAGGCAACAUUUCAAAAACAAUUGUAACCCAAUUGGAUACUCCAAAGAAGCCUUAUUCUGACAUGAAGAACAGCAAAAAAAUUCAUAAGACUAAAGCAGAAAUAAUUAUUGAGGAAAACCAAAAGAGAAUGAAAGCUGAAGAGGAAAGAAAAGAACAGAAACAAUGGGAUGCUCUUUCCAUUGAAAAACUAAUACAUGAGAAUUUUAACUCGGGAAUAAGAAAACUAGAGGAUUUUCUCAAGAAGUGUCAAAGCAAUUCUGUGAAAUAUACUGCAGAAAUGGCAGGACUGAAUACUUGCUUUGAAGUGUGGAUAGAACAAUGCAAAGACCAAGGAAAGAGAGUGAAAGAUAUAAAUGCAGCUGUUGAAGUAAUGAGAAGAAUUCAUUCCCUGCUGGAAAAAUAUAAAGAUUUAAUGGAGAAGACAGAUUAUCAAAAGAUUGUCAGAUGUCUUAGAUAUUUUGGAUUUGACAAUUUAGCAUGUACUUUAGAAUCUUCCCAGAUUCCAGAGGAUGACAGAAAAGAGACGAAGGCAAAGAUUUCUAAAUAUGCUGUUGGCAUGGGAGCAGCUCGGUUUCAGCUACAGUAUAUGGGUCAUUGCCUGUUACGAGAAGAGAGAACAGAUCGAGAUCCCAGGAUCCAGUAUUUUAUUCCUGAUACAUGGCAGCGAGACCUUCUUGACAUUGUAGAUAAUAAUGAAUCUGCAGUGAUUGUAGCCCCUACCUCAUCAGGGAAAACAUAUGCCUCUUACUACUGCAUGGAGAAAAUUCUGAAAGAAAGUAACGAGGGGGUGGUUGUGUAUGUUGCUCCAACAAAGGCUCUUGUUAACCAAGUGUGGGCAACUGUUUAUAAUCGAUUUAACAAAACAUUGCCUGAUGGCAUGGUAGUAUGUGGUGUUUUCACGAGAGAUUACCGCCAUGAUGCUCUGAACUGUCAGGUACUAGUGACGGUGCCUCAAUGCUUAGAAAUCUUGCUGCUGUCACCUCACCGCCAGCAAUGGGCCAAAAGGAUCAGAUAUGUUAUAUUUGAUGAGGUCCAUUGUCUUGGUGGUGAAAUUGGAGCAGAAGUUUGGGAGCACCUUCUAGUUAUGAUUCGAUGUCCAUUUUUGGCUCUCUCUGCAACUAUUAGUAACCCAAAACAUCUUACUGAGUGGCUACAGUCAGUAAAGAGGUAUUGGCAGCAUGUUGAAAGUGUUAGAGAAGAAAACCUUGGAUCUUCUUCAACUACCAAGAAAGGAACUAAAAAACAAAAGAAUAUCAAGACAGUAAAUAAAUCAUAUAAAGUUAAAUUGGUGCUUUAUGGAGAGAGAUACAAUGAUCUGGAAAAAUAUGUGUGUUCCCUAAAGAACAAUGACUUCAAAAUUCAUCACUAUCACCCAUGUGCUGCCCUAACUGUGGACCAUAUAGAUAAAUAUGGCUUCCCUUCAGACCUGGCUUUUUCUCCACGAGAAAAUAUUUUACUGUAUGACUCCAUGGUACAAGUCUGGGAAAACUGGCCAAGAGCUGACGAGCUAGAUCCUGAGAAGUUUACACAUUUUAAAAAUAAAAUAGUAAUCACAAAAGCAGAUGCAAGAAAAUAUGAAGAAGAAUUGAAGGAAGAGCUAAAAAAUUGGAUAGUACAUGACAACAGAAUGAAGGCUAACAGGGUGCUGAAGUUACUCAAACCCCAUCCUCCCUAUUGUUCAGAAACAGACAUGAAGGACAAUUUCCCAUGUUUUGUUGAAAAACUAAGACAGAUGGAUAAACUGCCUGCAUUGUUUUUUCUAUUCGACAUUAAAAUGGUGGAAAAGUGGGCUGAAAAUAUAAAUAACAAUCUGGAGAAGAAGCAAAAGAGUAAACAAAUACCACAGACUGAAAGGCAAAUACAUUUGCUAACAAAUAGAUUGAAAAAAAUGGAGAAGUCCAUGCAGAAGAAUCAGACUGUUGACAUGAAAAUUACAUCAAGUAAAACUGAUAAAAUGAUACUUGAGGAGGCUGAGCAUGGAAAUUUGAUGGAAAAACUUGGGAAGAUAACUGAAAUCCCUCCGGAUUGCACCUAUGCAAAUAGCCAAGCUGUUGAUACAGAGAUUUUGAAGAAGGUGAUUGAUCGAGUGAAGUUCAUGAAAACAAAUACAACACUGAAAACACUGGCACUGAGAGGAAUUGGAUAUCAUCAUGCUUCUGUGUCACAAAGAGGAAGACAGUUGGUGGAGAUGCUCUUCAGGAUGGGAUUUAUCCAGGUGGUUACAGCUACUGGAACACUGGCUUUAGGAAUCAACAUGCCAUGUAAAUCGGUUGUCUUCACACAGAAUUCUGUGUAUUUGGAUGCUCUGAACUAUAGACAGAUGUCUGGACGUGCUGGACGACGUGGUCAAGACUUGCUGGGAAAUGUGUUUUUCUAUGACAUUCCAUUGCCAAAAGUAGACAAGCUUAUAAAAUCCAAUGUACCUCAACUGAGAGGCCAGUUCCCUCUGAAUAUGUCGCUAGCACUGAGACUUAUGCUGUUGGCUGCAAAAGCUGAUGACAAAGAAGAUGCAAAAGUGAAGGUUUUAUCACUAUUGAAGCAUUCGCUUCUCUCCUUCAACCAGCCAAGAGUCGUGGAGAUAUUAAAGCUCUACUUUUUAUUUUCUUUGCAAUUUCUUGUCAAGGAGGGAUAUUUGGAUCAAGAAGGUAAUACCAUGGGAUUUGCUGGACUUGUAAGUCAUCUGCAUUAUCAUGAACCUUCCAAUUUUGUCCUAGUUGGCUUUCUUGUGAAGGGCUUGUUUCACAAACUGUGCCAGCCGAGGAAAGAUUCAAAGACGUUUUCUAAAGAGGUGAUGGAACAGCUAGUCCUAGUACUGGCAAAUCUGUUUGGAAGAAGAUAUAUCCCAGCCAGUAUUAUUAAAUCUAAACAAAAGUUUUACCAGUCAAAGGUGUUCCUUGACGAUCUCCCAGAAGACUUUGCUGUUGCAUUACAUGAGUACAACAACAAAAUAGAGGAGAAUUUUGGCCAUUUUUUAUUGAUUAUUUCCAAGAUGGCUGAUAUGAAACAAGAAUACCAACUUCCUCUUUCAAGGACUGAUUUUUCAGGUGAAGAAUGCAAUGACUCUAAACUGGUGUCUCACUUGACGAGUUGUAAUGAGGGAAGAACUGCUGUUUCACCUUUUGCAUGCCUGUCUGGAAACAUGGAUAGUGAUUUACUUCAUGCAGAGACUGUCAACAGUGUCAUAUUACGCACAGUUGGUAUUACUGCUGGAAAUAUUCCUGUACUUUGUGCAAAGAAAUUUGACAAUCGAAGAAGAAGAAUGCCACUUAAUGCUUAUGCACUUGACUUCUAUAAACAUGGUUCUUUGAAAGCAAUGGCACAAGAUAAUGGUAUACAUGAAGGAGAAGCUUAUCUUCUGCUGAAAGAUUUUUCACUCACUAUUAAAGCUAUCAGCGUUUCUCUAAGGGAACUCUGUGAUGAUGAGGAGGACAAUGUUGUGCGGGCAUUUAGCCAACUCGGUGACAGUUACUGGGAAAAACUGCAAAAAGUCUAAGGCUAAAGACAUAAAAUCAUCUAUGUGCUGAAGCAACAAAAUUCCAAAACUAUGUUUCCUCAUUUGUUAUAACUUGGAAAUUUUAUUAUUUUCAUAACUGCUUUAGGAUAGUAAUUUAAAUUUAUUUUAAUUACAUAAAGUUUUGAAGUCUUUCAACAAUUUAAUUCCUCAACAACUCAGUUUUAUUAUGUAUUUUAUUGGCGUGGCUAUAAGAUGUGUUGAUUUUACAGAUUUUGUGACAAUUAUGGUACUCAUGGCUCUGCUGUGCAUAGCAAAACAUGUUUAUUUUGCUAUGGUAGAGCUUUUUUAUGUAAAAAGAUUAGUUUCAGAUAUGUAUUUGAGAGAUUGUGCUAAAUAUUAAGAAUUUAAAUUCAGAGAUUAUGUACAAAAACAAUUUAUGCUCUGUUUCUUUUAUUAAUCUAUUAAUAAAAAGUAACUAAUUCAGGGAAUAACUUUCAUUAUACUCUAAGAAAUAAAUGUUAUAAUUAAAGUAA